AUGCAAGGGGAAGGAUUAUUAGUUCAAGAAGAUGAGAGGAUUAGAAGUUUGGAGCCUGAAACCUCUGAGGAUGAGUGGCGGAAGUCUCGAGCUAGAUCUCUUAGGAGAAGAGCGAUGACUGCCUCAACAAGACUCACUUAUAGUCUCAAGAAGCGUAAUAAGCGUGUAGCCGAUUAUCAAUUUGAUUCAAUUUUCAUUGAAGAUAUCCGUGACGCCAAAGAGGAAGAAACUGUGAAUUCAUUUCGAUUGGCACUGCAAACAAGAGAUCUGCUUCCAGAUUCCCAUGACAAUUAUCACACAAUGCUGAGGUUUCUGAAAGCCAGAAAGUUUGACAUUGAUAAAACGGUCCAGAUGUGGGCAGAUAUGCUCCAUUGGAGAAAGGAGAAUGGAGUAGAUUCUAUUUUACAGGAUUUCAUAUAUAAGGAGUAUGAAGAUGUUCAGCGUUUUUACCCUCAUGGUAUGCAUGGUGUGGACAAAGAGGGGCGACCGGUUUAUAUUGAGAGACUUGGCAAAGUUGAACCCACCAAGUUGAUGAAUGUCACCACAAUAGAUCGAUUCUUAAGAUAUCAUGUUCAGGGAUUUGAGAAAAUGUUUAAAGAGAAAUUCCCAGCAUGUUCUAUAGCAGCAAAGCGGCACAUAGAUAGAACAACAACAAUAAUUGAUGUGCACGGCGUGAACUGGUUGAGCUUUAGCAAAGUUGCAAAUGAACUUGUUAUGCGCAUGCAAAAAAUUGAUGGUGAUAACUAUCCCGAGACAUUAAACCAAAUGUUCAUUGUUAAUGCUGGUAGUGCGUUCAAGCUAAUAUGGAAUACAGCAAAAGGAUUUCUUGAUCCAAGGACCACAGCCAAAAUAAAUGUUUUGGGAAACAAGUUCCAGAGCAGAUUGUUAGAGGUUAUAGACGCAUGCCAACUUCCUGAUUUUCUGGGUGGAAGUUGCUCGUGCCCAAACGAUGGAGGAUGUCUUAGAUCUAACAAGGGACCUUGGAAUGAUCCUGACAUUUUGAAAUUGUUAAAUUCUAGAGAAGCAACAAAGCCAAUAAAAUUUGGAAGUUCUUCUGUUGCUGAUAGAUUAGAUACCGAUUCAUAUGCCAGCACGGUUACUCAUAAAUUGGUUACAAGCACUGAAAUAUCUGAACCUGGAUCAACGUCAGAAGCAACAUUAAUUCCUUCAACUUUUAUGCAAACAGUUCCUUCUAGUGAUAAUAAAAGGAUGAGAGAGCGCAUACCUAUCCGCAACCUAGAUGAGCCAAACAAUGAUGCCAAAGAAGUUGGUGAUGUUGGUUUACCAGGUGGUUUAAGCAACAAUAAUUCAAGAAAACAACCAAAGAAGCUAAUUUCCUAUAUCACCAGUACAUUGAAUCAAAUCAUAGUCAAAGUGUUGGCUUGUAUAUAUGUAGUAUUUGCAGCAUUGGCAAAUUUUUGUAUGGUUCGCUCUGCCAAAAACCAACCAGGAAGCCAUCAGAAAAUUCAGCUAGUGGAAUCCAGCUCUCCAGAACAAAUAAUCACUCCGGAAAUAAAGGAGCCGAUUUGGAAGAGGUUGCAGAAUUUAGAGGCAGUAGUGACAGAGAUGGCUAAUAAACCUAGAACAAUUCCUCCUGAGAAAGAAGAUAUUCUUCAAGAGUCGCUGAGUCGUAUAAAAGGAAUAGAAUAUGACUUGCAAAAGACAAGGAAGGCACUGCUUGCAACUACUUCAAAGCAAGCUGAGCUUGCCGAGUCACUGGAAAGUUUAAAGGAUGAUAAAUUUGAUGGGACAAACUCAUGUUGGCCUAAAAAUAGUAAAUACUAUGCCCCUGGAAGAUGA